GUGACGUCAAUAAUUUUGUUUAUUAUUCUCUAUCGUCCGUCGACCUGCGGGAAAAUUGGUUCCCUGGCCGAAUUGCAGCCGAUUGGCCGAGAAAUUGUUUUCUUUGAAACGAAAAAUGCUUGCAAAACUGGGAUCAAGCUCGAGUUUCGCGUGAAAGCUAAAACGCAGAGCAAACUUACCAAUCAUGAUCGACAAGCUCGGGAAAAAAUGUCAUCUGUUCAGGUGCAGACCGCGGAUCCAUUUCACCUUGUUCGCGAUUGCCUGUGUGGCUCUUGUCCUCGUCGUUUAUCGCCUCUCAAGUGACCAAAAUCUGAUUGACCGAGAAAACAUGAGCGGUCAGGCAUUCGCAAGUAGCAAUGAUCACUCUUCAAAUUAUAUUGGGGAAGUUUUCCUGGAGUCUGCAAGACGAGGUCACUUAGAUGCCAAUUAUGAUCCUUCAUUUUCUGUUGACGCUCUAGGCACUCAGAGGAUUGUGCACUUGGAUUUAAAGGGUGCACCUCCUAGAGUAUCGUACUUUGCUGAACUGUUUCCGUUGUUAAGGAGGUUGGGUGCGACGGGCUUACUCAUAGAAUAUGAAGACAUGUUUCCCUACACUGGUGUUUUGGCCGACGUGCCAGCCUUUAACUGCUAUUCUCAGGCCGAUAUCAGAGAAAUCGUGAAUUUGGCUGAGAAAAACAGGCUAGAGGUCAUUCCACUUGUUCAGACUUUCGGCCACCUGGAAUUUCUUCUUAAACUUCGACCUCAUAGCAAACUUAGGGAAAAUUAUCGUUAUCCACAAGCUAUCUGCCCUUCACACAACAAAACCUUUCCGCUUUUGACUGCAAUGGUGGAUCAAGUUUUGCAGCUGCAUCCACACACCAAAAAACUUCACAUUGGAUGCGAUGAAGUUUACCAACUUGGAGACUGCCCUCGUUGCGUGUCUGUGAUGGGCCAGGAGCACUGGAGCAAAAUUGACCUCUUCCUGAGCCACGUGUCACGCAUCGCGGGUGUGGUGGCCGCGAGAGGUGUCAAGCCGCUAGUCUGGGAUGACGAGCUACGCAAGGCCACGCCAGAGCAGCUCAGCUCGUGGGGCCUGCCUGACCUCGUGACCCCUGUGGUAUGGAAGUAUACCAACGAUGUCGCCCAGUACUUGCCCCCCGAGUUCUGGAGCAAACUUUCUGACGCCAAACUCACUCCAGUCUACGCUGCGUCAGCGUUUAAAGGUGCAACCGGUGCUGAUCAAGAUGUCCCCGACAUUCUCUAUCAUUUGGAAAACCACAGAUCGUGGGCCCAAGUUGCUAGUAAUGCGCAAAAGAAUUACGGUGUUCAAUUUCAAGGGAUCAUUCUGACUGGGUGGCAGAGGUACGACCAUUUCGCCGUAUUGUGUGAGUUGCUUCCCGUCGGAAUCCCAUCGUUAGCCGCUGAUUUGGCACUCUUGGCUGGGGCGAGUGGCGAGGCCAUGGCCCUGAGCAAAGCUCGAUCCAUGCUUAACUGCCAGGGUAGCCUUGAAAUGGCGCUCAAGUACCCUGCCGCAGGACUCCGCUGUAACUACCCUGGUAGUGAGGUUCUUGAAGCUGUUCUGCGCUUGAAAGCACUGAAAAAGGAACUAGCGAAAUUGCAGGAGGAAUCAACUGUGAAAGGAUGGAUGACUGAGUACAACAUGAAGCACAACUUUUCAUCGCCGACUUACGUGGAGCACGCGACUGCAGAGCUGGACCGCUUCCGGGCGGAGCUGUUGUACAUUGAGCGAGAUAUUCGCAGCUCUAUGGCAUCCGUUUACGAUAAAUACACCGCUGAAGAAUGGGUCAAAAGCUACAUUCGGCCAAUUGGCGAGAACCUGCAGCAGGUGUACGACGCGCGAGAGCGAAUUUUGUCCAAAGAAGACUGGCCGAGGAGACCCCUAGAUAUAUAAUUAGCUUUGUUUGAAGAUAUCUCCUACCGAUUCCCGAGUAUGUUCACUGUGAUAUUGAAGGUGACAGAAAUAGAGGGUGUGAAUUUUUGACUGGCCAAUGCUACCCGCCUGUCGAUAGGCAUUUAGAGGUGAUUCAAACGAGAUAUGCAUUGCACAUGCGUGAUUUGUACAAAUUUAGAUUUACCUCAUCAUCGCAAAAAUCGUUGGUGUGUGUUUUUGAAUGUGAAUUUCAUCUUUGAAUCUUACCAGAUAUUCGACUAGUCAUCCAUUUUCUUGCUGUUUGAGCUUGUAAAUAUACAAAAAUUAUUGAAAAAGUUAGAUCUGUAUCUCAAACCUAGGGGUUUGCUUUUACAGCACGGUUUAUGUGGAUUUUUUAUAGAUAUUGGCCAGCACCUUCAUAGAACUUACUAACACAGCCACUGAUGGUAUUCUGCUGUUGGCCAAGCCUCAGUUGAGAUUGUUCUGGUUGACAUUUGAUGAGAUUUUAUUGAGGACAACUAAGUGUCUGUUCAUUUUACUGAAUCGUCUGAUAUUUUGUCGUAUUAAUUUGUGUACUGUUAGUAAAAAAUCUUUUGGUCAUAAGAAAAAUUUCUGCUUGAAUUUUAGUGUUAGUCACUUCAAUUUGUUUGCAUGAGAAAUUUUAUAGUAUUUUUACGCAUGUAUACACGCAUGCUACAACUGUUUUGUCAUUGUGUAUGUCCAAAAAUUUAAUGCCACUGCUGAAGCGGAACUAAGACACGAUCUGUUGUAUUUUGACACAAAUCUUGAAAUUAUGUAAUAUUGAUGUUGCAUUUGUUGAAAUAUGCAAAAUAAAGUUUGACUCGAAUUUACCUUAUGAAAA